AUGCCCUGGGAUCUCGGGAUGUUUCUGAGAGUCGCCGAGCGCAUCUGGGAGCCAGCCGAGGACAUGGACCCCCAACCUGAACGUUUUGGUUCUCAGAGUCAGAGUCGGCGCCUUGGAUCGUUGAUGGGAGGCACUUACACGUGUGAUGUUCAUCGCCGUUACCUCAUUAUCUCACAGAUUCACAGUCAAAAGAUGGACAACAUAAAAUUGGGAGAGGCGACCAAUCAGAGGCUCGAGAGUCAAGUCGUUUCUUAUCUCGAGCCUAUCACCGUUUACUAUCUCUCCAGGUGCACUAAAACGGAACAAGCUCGUGCCGUGCACACCACACACGGCAGCCAAAGCGUGCCAAGGGUAGAAGAUCGUCUAGCGACGUCUUUAGUCGACGCCAUCGCGCAGAUGCACCUGUCUCACCAUGCUUCGGGAGUCCCUGCGGGGACCCUGCCUGCGAGGUUAGGUUCUCUGAGGUGUUGCAGUGGCAGGCUGUAUAAACAUGUGGUCUGGGGAAAGACAGGCGAUAUCUGGCCAGUUUUGUACGGAUCUCAAGUUACGGCUCCCCGAUGCAUGAUGAGUACGGUCUUUGUCCUCCGUUAG